AUGAGAGGUCAACCGGAGCAUUCAACGAGAAGUCAACCAGAGCAGUCAACAAGAAGUCAACCACAGCAUUCAACGGGCGGUCAACAACAUCAGUCAACAAGAAGUCAACCACAGCAGUCAACAGGCGGUCAACAACAGCACCCCCAACAAAUUCAGUUACACCAGAAGCAUUACCAGCCAGACUUGUCUCUGGAGCACUGUCAGCAAGAUGAACUCACUCUUACCCUGUCCCUCACACCGAGGGACACCAGAGAGUCUCCGGCCCCUACACUUCUCACACUUCCUCUUGAUUCCCAGCACAAGCAGCAGCAGCAGAAGCAGAAGCAGCAGCAGCAGCAGCAGCAGCAGCAGCAGCAGCAGCAGCAGCAGCAGCAGCAGCAGCAGCAGCAGCAGCAGCAGCAGCAGCAGCAGCAGCAUAAUCAUGCGCUGUCGAGUGCCCGGGUGUACCUCUCACAUGGAUCAGCGGACGUCGAAAUGGGAGAUGGGGAUAUGAGGAGAGAGGACGGAAGGGAGGAAGGAGAGGAGGCAGCAGGGGGGGCAGCAAGGGAGGCAGGCGGGGAGGCAGGGGGGGAGGCAGGCAAGGGGGAAGACGGAGAAAGAGGAGGGGGAAAGUUAGCUGCACCGGAUGGGUGUGUGGGAAGGGAAGAGCAAGAGGGCGAGAAGGGUAGCGCGCAGAAUGUAUCACAGCAGCCGCAGCAGGAGGAGAGGAGGGAUGGUAGCGGGUGUGACAGGGAGUUAAGGGAGGGAGAAAGGGGAGGGAAGGAGACACAGCUAGAAGCGCUGCUGGAGGGAGGAGGAGGAGGAGGAGGAGGAGGAGGAGGAGGAGGAGGAGGAGGAGGAGGGGGGAGGGGGGAGAUACGAGGAAAGGUAGUAUGCAGUGGUUCAGACCACUGGUUGUCAUUUCCUUCCCCUGUGAAGGUGCAAGGAGCAGACUCAAUCACCUUAGUCGAGCCCUUGGCUGAGACUUUGGCCGAUACUUUGCCAGAGCCCUUGGCCGAGGCUUUGGCGGAGCCAAGCAACACGGCACAUGCAGCAGCUAACGCCCAUGUACUGGAAAGCCCUCAGGAAGACGCGAGGCAGUGCGUUGUUGAGUCCGCUCCAAGCGAGAGGGAAAGGGACAGGGAGAGGGAGAGGGAGAGCGAGAAGGGGAUGGAGAAGGAGAGAAAGGUCGGCACUGAAGCCAUGCUCUCUGAGGCUCCUCACAAGCCCUCUGGGGUGGGAACUGGAACGCACAUGGUUACUGGAGUGCCUCACACCCAGAAACCAAGGGAAGGCGUGCAAGUCUCAGACGCUCCUGCGAAGCAAAAACCCGCACCAGGCAUGGCGAUAGACGCACGAAACGCAGGUUCCAGUGGGUCUCUUCCUUCUCCCAUGGGAUUUCUUGAGCCCAUGGGGUUUGAGUCGACUCAGAAGCCUUUUUCAAGGUCCAUGCCCGUGCCCAUGCGAUCAAGAAGCACGUCCCCCGUGGCUCUAUCUCUGUCCCUCAGUCGCUCAGUCUCCUCCCCAAUCUCCCUCUCUUCAUCUGCUUUCUCGGGGCGAUUCAAAGACAGAGACAAGAUGCGUGCCUCCCAGAGCACUUAUGUCUAUGACAUCUCCUCUCCCUCCCACUACCCAUACCGAUACCACAGGAGACGGGAAGGUAGAUUCCCUAUGCUCUCCUACCAGAUCCGUGACUCCCAGAGCACUGCUGUCUAUGGCAUCUCCUCUCCCUCCCGCUAUUUGUGCCGAUACAACAGGGGAAGGGAAGGGAGACUCACGAAACCUUCCCGCUACCCAUAA